UUUGCAUCAGUCAGCCCAAAAUGCGACCAACACCGCUGUUGUUUUUCCUUGUGUUGGGAAUUUUUUUCCAACAUAAUGCCGAAUCGGCCAUGACCGAGGCCCAAAUUAAGGCCACCGGCAAGCUACUGCGGAAUACGUGUCAGCCAAAAUCGAAAACAACGGACGAGAUUAUAGAGGGUAUGCACCAAGGCAACUGGGACAUGGACCGAACGGGAAUGUGUUACCUGCACUGCAUUUUUAGCUCGACCAAAGUGCUAAACAAGGACAACACGUUCAACUACGACUCAGCCAUGGCACAGAUAAAGUCUUUGCCUGAGGGACGAAAGGAGCCGGCCAGGAUUUGCAUGGAGCAAUGCAAGGACGCAGGGGUGACGACGAGUGACAAAUGUAUCGUCGGGUACGAGAUUGGCAAGUGCAUCUACGACUGCAACCCCGCCAACUACUUACUGCCCUAGGUACAAAUUGGUGGUAACUUUAGAUAUGUAUAUAAAUUAAGCUAUUUAUUAAAGUUGUUUUCAAAACGGA